AUGGGUCCCGUCAACGCUUCCAAAUUCAAGAGGAAUCAUCAUCGCCAUCAGCUUACGUGGCAAAAGUCAAUCCUAUUAAAUCCUGAAGAGCAGCGAAAAAUUAAAAUUCUCAACCUACAGCUCAAGUACGUUCUGAUGAGAAAGAUGCCCCACUCAGAAAGCCGAAAAUCUAGUGCUGUUUGGGACGUCCCAUUUGACUCUAUUGUCCAGUUGUUCUCAGCUACGGUACUACAAGAGGAAAAGGACACUUCUUCAACCGAAGACAUGACGUUUUUGAAAGCCGAAGAAUGGAGAACGAAGUUCCGCCAACGUGUUUCUAUUCAAGUUGGAGUACGGACCAGAAAGAAGCUUUGCAGUGCAGAUUCCUUCAUAAAAUGUAUCAAGGACGCGACAAAAGAACCGCUCCCGGUCCUGGGGCUGGAGAAGAAGCUCGAUUUUGUAUCUGGUGAGCAAGGAUCCAUAUGUAAAUAA